AUAUAAACAUAGCCGUCACUUUGUUCUGGAAAUACAGAGAAACUCUCAUAUUCUCUCUCUCUCUCUCUCUCUUUCUCUGGCUGUCUUCAGAGUUUUUCAACUUCCAUUUUCCACAUAACAAGUGAAAAUGAGUAGAUUGAGUAUGAAGAACUUGAACUACAUGCUUGUUAUUGCAAUUCUUAUUUGGUGUUCAAGUUUUGAGUCCUGCAUUGCAAGAAGAGGCAAGCAUUGGAGACAUACCAGAGCUUUCUCAUCUUCUCUGUAUAAGAAGAAAGGUAAGAGUUAUUAUGGUCAUAGUCAUAGUCACAAUCACAAUCACAAUCACCAUGGUGGAGGAUCAUCAAAGUCAAAGCCUCCAACACAUAAAAAGAGUUCUCCAUCACCACCUAAUCCUCCACCAUACACAACCAUUCCACCACCACCACCACCACCACCAAAGAGUCACAAGCCGAAAGUCGGCGUACCCUCGACUCCACCGCCGCCACCGAAAGAUUGCAAUGGUGGCCAUUCUAUCAUAUUCAAUGUGCUGGAUUUUGGAGCUAAGGGAGAUGGAAGCACUGAUGACACAAAGGCAUUCCAAGCCACAUGGGGAGCAGCUUGCAAGGUAGAGGCAUCAACAAUGCUAGUCCCAGCAGAUUACACCUUCUAUGUGGGGCCUAUUUCAUUCUCAGGGCCAUAUUGCAAACCAAGCAUUGUUUUUCAGCUUGAUGGUACAAUUAUUGCUCCAACAAAUGCAAAUGCUUGGUGUGGAGGACUGCUACAAUGGCUGGAGUUUACAAAGCUGGUGGGAAUCACCAUUCAAGGAAAGGGUGUCAUUGAUGGAAGAGGCUCAGUUUGGUGGGAAGACCAGCCAUUUGAUAACCCUAUAGAUGGUGAAGAAAAGCUCAUAGUCCCUUUAAACCACACAUGGAAACCACCGGUGCCGGUUCAGAGUGCUAUGGGGAGGAAAAUGCCAAGCAUCAAGCCAACUGCAUUAAGAUUUUAUGGGAGUUUUAAUGCAGUAGUGACAGGCAUAACAAUUCAAAAUAGUCCUCAAUGCCACCUCAAGUUUGACAACUGCAAUGAGGUUCUGGUCCAUGAUGUUAGCAUAUCAUCCCCUGGUAACAGCCCAAAUACAGAUGGAAUUCACCUUCAGAAUUCCAAAAAUGUGAUGAUUCAUACCAGCAACUUAGCAUGUGGUGAUGACUGUAUUUCCAUACAAACUGGGUGCUCAAAUGUAUUUGUACACGAUGUCAACUGUGGGCCAGGACAUGGAAUCAGCAUUGGAAGCUUAGGUAAGGAUAACACCAGAGCCUGUGUCUCAAACAUCACUGUCAGAGAUGUCAACAUGCACAACACAAUGAAUGGUGUCAGAAUCAAGACAUGGCAGGGUGGUUCAGGAUCAGUGCAGGGGGUACUAUUCUCAAACAUACAGGUUUCUGAAGUUCAACUCCCUAUUGUGAUUGACCAAUUCUAUUGUGACAAAAGAACAUGCACAAACCACACAUCAGCUGUGUCUCUGGAAGGAAUCAACUAUGACAGAAUUAAGGGAACUUACACGGUAAAGCCGGUUCACUUCGCAUGCAGUGAUAGCCUGCCAUGCGUGGACGUGUCGUUAAACAAGGUGGAGCUGAAACCAGUUCAGCAGCAAUACCAUCUAUGUAAUCCAUUCUGCUGGCAGACUUAUGGAGAACUGAGAUCCCCCACUGUCCCUACUAUCGAUUGUUUACAGAUCGGGAAGCCAUCGAGCAACCGGAUUCAAACCGAUCAUGAUAUCUGUUGAACCAUUAAACCAAUGAAAGAGAUAUGUAAAUUUCAAGUGGCUGUUCAUUGUUGGAUCACCUGAGAAGGGUGAAGCAGUUUUUAGAUAUAUCCCUUCACAAUGUUAGCUAGUUAGACAUGAAAGCAAGCAUGUGUGUACAUUAUUAUCAGAGCCCUAUAUUAUAGGAAAUUUUCUUCAUUAGGUUGCCAUUAUUAUUAUUAUCAUCAUUAUCAUGAGAAUAUAUACCGAUUACAAGCCCUGCGAUCAGCAAGAGGCCAAAAAGUAUUGUGAAAUGGCAGAGCCUUGUAGCUUUGCCAAAUUGCAUUAGUGUGAGAUCUUAUUAUACAAGUUGUAGCAAGCAUCUAUGUAUGCAAUAAAAAUGAGCUUUGAAUUCCAUUGUU